AUGCAUAAAGGCCUCGUUCACCAGGAAACAGAACUCCUUCGGAUAUCCGACCGUCAUGGAAGCGCCGAUAACCUGACCUUCGAGAACAAGCCCGGCUGGCGAAAGAGUCAGCUGCGAGUCUGGGCGGGGAGCUGGCGGUUCAUCCUGUUUCUAUCGUUCGUGGCCAGUCUGGUGGUUCUCGUGCUGAAUCUGGUGGCUUUGAUCUGGGCGGCUGCGAGCAAUCAGGUUCAGAAGGGUCGCGGGGUCUUGUAUGAAGGGGACUGUGAGAAAGUGCAGCGGUUGAACGUCGGCAUUCAUUUUCUCAUCAACGUGCUGGCCACUGUUUUGCUGGGCGCUAGCAAUUAUGGCAUGCAAUGCCUGUCUGCUCCGACGAGAUGCGACAUAGAUCGAGCACACCGCAAUGGCCGCUGGCUGGACAUCGGCGUGCAGAGUGUCCGCAACCUUGCUCAUGUCUCCGUUCCGCGCUGUCUGUUGUGGAUCGCGCUGGCCUUCACCGCGCUUCCGCUUCAUCUCUUCUAUAAUGCCACCAUCUUCGCCACGCAAUCCGCGCACGCCUACAAUGUUUUUGCUGGUAAAGGAUCGAUCCUUGGGCAGGAUGACCUGAAAUCCUCGCAGAUCAGCGAUAUUGGCACGGAAUAUCGACCGUCGUUCAAGGGCCUGUAUGAGCAGGCUCGGAAUGAUUCCCUCGAGCGCUUGGAUGCUUCUCAGUGUGUGGAUGCCUACGCGAGGACCUUCCAAGCGACAUACGGCAAUCUCUUGGUCGCUACGGAUGACGUGAAAGAACCCAAUUUCGAGUUCUUCUAUUCCCAGAGCGUGUUCAGUCCGAUGCAGUACCUCUUGUUAUCUCAGCCCGGCGCUGAUCCCUAUCGCUGGCUGUGUCCUGGAGACGCGGAUAAGGAUUGCGAUGUGUAUUUGCCGGAUAUUCACGAUCGAAUUAACCAGGACAGCUGGACUGCCCAAACUGCUACCCGCGAGUAUAAGGUGAACUACUGUCUGGCGGAGAAGCUGCCUCAGCAGUGCAAACUGGAGUAUUCUCUCACGAUGACGAUCAUCCUCAUCGUGCUUAACGUUCUUAAUGCCGGAAUUAUGGGCUAUGUCGCGCUCGGCACGAAAGACUCUCCCUUACUGACCGUUGGGGACUCCAUCGCCUCGUUCCUGAGCCGGCCGGACACGUCAACCCAGAAUAAAUGUUUUCACAGCAGAGCGAUCGUUGGUGAGCUGAACUCCGGCCUGCUCAUCUAUCAAGCUCUUGAUAAGCCGGUGAUGUUCGAGCAGAAGGGCAAGCGAUGGAUCUCUGCCGCCUCGUUUGCCAAAUGGGGAUUCGCCGUGAUCGUCUGGCUCGUCGCCAUCGGCGUAUGUCUUGGCCUCCUGGCCUACGGCCUCAGCGAGAUGAACCACAGCAACGGUGUCUGGACCGCCUCCAUUGGAGAAGCCACCGGCCAAACCAUCAUCAAGGGCGAUUACUGGCCCACCACCAUCGGCGUUAACAUAAUCAUCGCCAACGUCGCCCAGCUCAUCUUCACCAUGCUCUACUUCUCUACCAACUCGCUUCUCUCCGCCAUGACUCUCGCCGCUGAAUGGAGCCGCUUCGCCGUCCGUCGCAGUGGGCUCCGCAUCUCUGCCUCUCCACAGGUCUCGCAACGCCAUUCCUAUUUCCUGUCUUUGCCCAUCUACUACGGUCUCCCGUUCCUCCUCGCCUCCGCCGUCUUGCACUGGCUCAUCUCACAAAGCCUCUUCCUCGUCUCUGUCGAAGCCUACACCGCUGACCACGCGCGAGACACAUCCAGAGACCUGGUCACCUGCGGGUUCUCGCCUGUCGCGAUUGUCAGCGCCGUCGCCGUCGCCGCGUUCAUCGCUCUCUGUGUCUUUGGCCUCGCUUGGCGGCGCUUCGCGUCCGGCAUGCCCAUCGCGGGGAGUUGUAGUCUCGCGAUCGCCGCCGCGUGUCAUCCGUACUUUGAUCCGAAUUAUCUAGGCGGGGACCGUAUCGCGGAGAUCCAGUUCUACGGGGAGGAUGUGGCUAUGUUGCCGGUUAAAUGGGGCGCUGUCCCCUUGGAGGGGAAUUUGGGGCAUUGUACGUUCUCGGCGGGGGAGGUUGAGAUGCCGGAUGAGAAGAAGUUAGCUGCGGCCCGGUUCACGUCGCUUGUCUCGCUGUCAGAAAUAGCAUUGUCCCAGAACUCAAACAGUUACUCAUCACGGGACUGGCUGGCAGCUCAGUUCCGCCGGGGUUUUGCCGUGCGCGUCAAAAUGCGGAGCCGAAAUGAGGGGAAAAAGCGUGGCCAACGUCAUGUUGCAGUAGACGAUGCCAAGUUCGUUGCUGCCUCGCUGAAGAGUCGCUUCGCGUGGCUUCUUGUACCAUGUCUGUCGCGGAGAAAACCUGGUCAGGUACCCAAACCGGUUUUCCGGAGACAUGCACGGCUAAUUCGGUCAACUGCUCAGCUUCAGCGUGGAGAUGAAUGCGCCCUCUCCUUCCUGUUCCUGCUCGUCAGCUGCGGGCCUCCACAUCCCCAGACCUCCACAUCUCGGUUGAUUGCUGCUGUCUUCUCCGAUGUAUUCCCGUCCCUCAUUCUUGAGCGAGGCAACAAGAGUGUAUUCGCCAUGGUCGCUUUCUCGACGCUCUCGGGCCUCGGUGCCCUUUCUUUCCUGCUUCCUCUGGUUCAGCAAGCUAGCGGUCUUUCCUUGGAGGUCUCUAAGGAUGGAGGCAACUCCUCCAGCUCGCUGCUCUAUGGCUUCAUGUUUGAGGAUAUCAAUCAUUCCGGCGACGGCGGUAUCUAUGGCCAAAUGCUGCGCAACAACGGUCUGCAGGGCUCCUCGCCAGACCUCACCGCGUGGCGCUCUAUCGGAGAUGGCUCGAUCGCCGUAGACUCGGAUAACCCGCUCACCACAGCCAUCCCGCACACCCUGCGUCUGGACGUGAACAAAGACGCCAGCGGCCAGGUCGGGUUCUCCAACGAGGGCUACUGGGGCAUCCCAGUGGACGGUUCCGAGUUCCAGAGCACCUUCUGGAUCAAGGGCAAGUUCUCCGGCGACCUCACCGUUCGUCUGGUUGGAAACUAUACCGGUACGGAGUAUGCGUCGAAGACCUUCUCCCAGGAGUCCAAGGCGGAUGAAUUCACCAAGGCGACGGUCAAGUUCCCUACGGAGAAGGCACCUGACGGUGCGGUUGUCUACGAGAUCACGGUCGAUGGUAGCGAUGUGCAGGGAUCCUCGUUGUAUUUCGGAUUCGUGGAGCUGUUCCCGGAGACCUACAAGUCGCGGGCCAAUGGACUGCGACCUCAGCUGGCUAAGAGCUUGGACGCCAUCAAGGGCUCUUUCCUUCGUUUCCCGGGUGGUAAUAACCUGGAGGGCAACGAUGAAGGAACCCGCUGGAAGUGGAAUGAAACAAUCGGUCCCGUCGAGGAACGUCCCGGUCGUCCUGGAACCUGGGAGUACUACAACACCGAUGGACUUGGCCUCGACGAGUAUCUUUACUGGUGCGAAGAUCUGGGUCUCACACCCGUCUUGGAUGUUUAUGCCGGCUUUUCUUUGGAGUCUGGGGGUAACACCCCGUUCACCGGCGACGCCUUGAAGCCGUACAUUGAUGAAGUUCUCAACGAGCUCGAAUACGUUCUUGGCGACUCCAGCACCACUUACGGCGGUCAGCGCGCUGCCAACGGCCGUAAAGAGCCUUGGGACGUGACGAUCGUGGAAAUCGGCAACGAAGACAACCUUGGCGGUGGUUGCGAAUCCUACGCCGAGCGCUUCACUGCCUACUACGACGCCAUUCACGAAGCCUACCCUGACCUGACCCUCAUCGCUAGCACCGAUAACUCUUCCUGCCUGCCCGAGAAACUUCCCGAGGGCGUCUGGCUGGACUGGCACAACUACAACACGCCCGAGGGCCUCGUGUCCCAGUUCAACAAGUUCGACAACAAUGACCGCUCCGUGCCCUACUUUAUCGGCGAGUACUCUCGCCAGGAGGGCGACUGGCCCGAUAUGGAGGGUGCCGUGUCCGAAGCGGUGUUCAUGAUCGGAUUGGAGAGAAACAGCGACGUCGUGAAGAUGGCCGCCUACGCUCCUCUCCUGCAGCUGGUUAACUCGACCCAGUGGACGCCCAACCUCAUCGCCUUCACCCAAUCCCCCGAAAUGGUUCAUGAAUCCACGAGCUACUACGUCCAGCAAAUGUUCUCCGCCAACCGCGGCGACACCAUUAAGGAAGUCAAGUCCGACGCGGCUUUCGGGCCCGUCUACUGGGUCGCUUCGAGCGCCGACGACACGUACUACGUGAAGCUGGCCAAUUUUGGCAAGGACACCCAGGAUGUCAGCGUGUCGAUCAACGGAUUGUCGACGGGCAAGUUGACCGUCGUGGCGGAUGAUGAUCCGGAAGCUUAUAAUUCGGACGCCCAGACGCUGGUCACGCCGUCGGAGAAGGACAUCACUGCGGAGAGCGGGAAGUUCUCGUUUACUUUGCCCGCUUGGUCGGUUGCUGUUUUGGCUGCUAAUUAG